AUGAUGAAGAUAAUAUGGAGCUUGUGUUUAAUCUUCUCCCUUUUUAACUCAAUACUUAGUUUUUCUUCUCCUGCUAACCACUUGUGUCUUCCAGACCAGAGAGAUGCUCUGUGGGAGUUCAAGAGCGAGUUUUAUAUCCAAAAGCCUGAUUGGAUGGAGUCUGAUACGAAGACGACGACAGAGAAGUGGAAGAACACUGAUUGCUGUUCUUGGGAUGGUGUCUCUUGUGAUCCUAAAACCGGUAAAGUCGUUGAGUUAUUCCUCUGGGCUAGUUCUCUCAACGGUCCUCUGAGAUCUAACAGUAGUCUCUUUAGACUAAAACAUCUUCAAAGGCUAGAACUUACCUCGAACAAUCUUUCCGGUACUCUACCAAGUUCCAUCAGCAACCUCAAACAUCUCAAGGUUUUGAAUCUCCGCGGUUGCGAUAUGUUCGGAAAGAUUCCUUCUUCACUCGGAAAUCUUUCUCAUCUCACUAAUCUUGAUCUUUCUGAAAACGAUUUCACCGGUGAGCUACCGGAUUCGAUCGGCAGCUUAACUCAACUAACAGAGCUACAACUUGCAGUGGCCAAGCUUACCGGGAAGUUUCCUCUUCAGCUACUCAAUCUGAGCGAGCUCAAUGGAAUCGACCUUCGUUUUAACCACUUCCAAGGUAUGCUCCCUUCUAACAUGAGCAGCCUCUCCAAGCUAGCGUCGUUUGAUAUAACAGGAAAUUCAUUCUCCGGUUCCGUUCCGUCGUCUCUCUUCUUGAUCCCAUCGUUGAUGAUUCUUGCCUUGGGGAAAAACGACUUCAACGGUCCUCUUGAGAUUGGUUAUAAUAUCUCUUCUUCACCAUCUACACUUGGAAGUUUAUCCCUUGAAGAAAACAGUUUCAUUGGGCCAAUCUCGGGGUCUAUAUCGAAACUAGUCGGGCUAUGGUAUCUUGUCCUCUCUUUUUGGAACACAGAGAAGGGCAUGGUUGAUUUCAGCAGUUUCUUGCAUCUCAAGUCACUUAAAACACUUCACCUCUCUUAUCUGAAUACAAGAAGUAUAGUUGACUUGAGUCUUUUCUCACAUCUCAUGUCGCUUAGCGACCUCGAUCUUUCAGGGAUUACUGUGAAGAUCAGUGAAACUCUCAGUCUUCCCUCUACCAUAGAAACCUUGGCUUUAUCAUCCUGCAAUAUUGCCGUGUUUCCCAAGUUUCUACAAAACCUAACCAGUUUGUAUUCUCUUGACAUUUCUGUCAAUCGAAUUGAAGGUCAAGUACCAGAGUGGUUAUGGAGUCUGCCAGCGUUGCGGUAUGUAAACAUUUCUCAGAAUGUUUUCAGUGGUUUUGAAGGAUCAGCGGAUGUUAUUCAAAGAAGUGAAAAAGUAAUGCUUGAUAUAAGCUCAAACACUUUCCAAGAUCCAUUUCCUUUGCUAUCAAACUCUACGGUAUACUUUUCUGGCUCGAAUAAUCGAUUUUCAGGUGAGAUUCCUAGGGCAUUAUGUGAACUGGUUAAUCUGGAUACACUUGUUCUAUCCAACAACAACUUCAGUGGUUCCUUUCCUCGGUGUUUCAAUGCUCGUAUUUCGGUCUUGCAUAUACAGAAUAACAGCCUCUCGGGUGUUUUUCCAGAGGAAUCUGUCAGUGUUUACUUGAGAUCACUUGAUGUUGGUCGUAACCGGUUAUCAGGAAAGCUUCCCAAGUCUCUGAUCAACUGCACUAUUCUCGAGUUUCUAAACAUGGGAGACAAUAACUUCAAUGACACGUUUCCUUUCUGGUUGAGUUCUUUGGCGAAUCUACAGAUUCUUGUUCUUCGAUCUAACAAGUUCCACGGGCCACUAUCUUCUUUAAUGUUUGACAUAUCAGAGAAUCACUUCACUGGAGUCUUGCCAUCAGAUUACUUUGCUAGUUGGAGUGCAAUGUCAUCGGCUGUAGACAUUGUUGAUAGUACGUUGUUUAAGUAUGCAGGACGUAGCUCUCCAUACUAUCAUAACUCGGUGGGUCUCACAAACAAAGGAUUGAAGAUGGAGCUAGUUGGAAGUGUUUUCACAAUGUACAAAACCAUUGACGUCUCUGGAAACAGACUCGAAGGAGAUGUUCCGGAAUCCAUAUGUUUACUCAAGGAACUGAUUGUGCUCAACAUGUCAAACAACGCUUUCACUGGCCGUAUUCCAUCAUCUCUAGGGAAAUUGAGCAAUCUACAAUCAUUGGAUCUGUCUCAAAACGGAUUAUCCGGAGGAAUACCACCAGAGCUCGGGAAACUGACUUUUCUAGCGCGUAUGAACUUCUCUCACAACAGGCUCGUAGGUCCAAUACCGCAAGGCACUCAGAUUCAAAGCCAGAAUAGUUCUUCAUUUGCAGAGAAUCAUGGGCUCUGCGGUGUUCCUCUCCAAGAAACAUGCGGUGGAAAAGAAGAAGAAGAAGAAGCAACGAAAGAAGAGGAAGAAGAAGAUCAAACAUUGAGCUGGAUCGCAGUUGUUAUAGCCUACGUACCUAGUGUUUUCUGUGGUCUCACCAUCAGUCACAUUCUCUUUUCAUGUAAACCUGACUGGUUCAUGAGGAUCUUUCACUCUUUUACUUAA